AGGGAGUGGGCGGGGCUACCUGGUGGGGCUGGGAGCUCGGCUCCGAGCCGCGUGGAGGGUGGUGGCUCGGCUCCCGGCACGCGCGUCGGAGCGGAGGCGCCUGCGGCCCGCAUCGGAUCUUUGCCGGCCGGCGCUUCGGCGGCACGCUUCUGCCCAAGCCUCGCUUCUUGUGUCUUUCAGAAUUCCCCCACGUUUCUGGUGUAACUAGUUCAAUGGCUGGGAAUAAAGGACGAGGACGUGCUGCUUACACCUUCAAUAUUGAGGCAGUUGGAUUUAGCAGAGGUGAAAGGUUACCUGAUGUAGUAUUGAAACCACCCCCACUCUUUCCUGAUACAGAUUAUAAACCAGUGCCACUGAAAACAGGAGAGGGUGAAGAUUAUAUGCUGGCCUUAAAACAGGAGUUGAGAGAAACUGUGAAAAGAAUGCCUUAUUUUAUAGAAACACCUGAAGAAAAACAAGAUAUUGACAGAUAUAGUAAAAGAUAUAUGAAGGUGUACAAAGAAGAGUGGAUACCAGAUUGGAGAAGACUUCCAAGAGAGAUGAUGCCAAGGAAAAAAUUUAAAAAAGGUCCCAAAUCCAAAAAAGUGAACGACACUGGCAAAGACACUUCACUCACUAAUACUGCAGAUGUAUUGAAAACAAUUGAGGAAUUGGAAAAGAGAGGUGAUGGUGAAAAAUCAGAUGAGGAAACUGAAGAGAAAGAAGGAAGCAAGGAGAAAAGUAAGGAAGAUGAUGAUGAGGAGGAAGAUGAUGCUGCAGAACAAGAGGAAUAUGAUGAAGAAGAGCAAGAAGAGGAAAAUGACUACAUUAAUUCAUACUUUGACAAUGGAGAUGAUUUUAUCGUAGACAGUGAUGACAACAUGGAUGAAGCAACCUAUUAGCUAUGAAGUUUCCCCAAAAAUAUUUCUAUGAUACAGCUUCUGAACAUUUGGACAGAUUUAUUUCCUUAUUUCUGAUAAGGAAUGAAUAACUGCUUGAAUAGGGCAGAUACACCGAAGAUACAGGUAUUUUUCUCCCCAGCUUUCAUCUGUCUUCAACAUUUCAGUCCUGCAGGUGGCACGACAGCCCUUGGGCAGGGGUUUGCUUUGGGAAGCCCCAGCCAUCUCCCCCGAGUGCAUUGUCUGUCUCCUUUGGAAAAGUCGAGAACAGGCAGAAUGUUUGCAAGUUCCUUUGCCAGCAUGAAUCUUGUUUUUAUAGCUUAAAAUGUCAGAGACUGUGAAGUUAUUCCAUAGGAAGAUAAACUUUAAUGCAGAGAUAGCAUCUUAUACAUAAAAGAGUACUUGUUGGUGAAGUGUCUUUAAAAUUGCUAACAAGCAAUAUUGUUUUGUUGCUUUAGUGCUUAUUUUUCUGUAUUUGUUUACAUAUUAAAUUCAUACA